AUGGCAUUUGAUUUUUCGCAAAAUUUAAAAAAAGAAAUAUACCAAAAACUUAUAUCGUUAAAAUUAGAUAUUGCAAUUCGAUAUGAUAGGUCCAUACUGGGGAUCAAUAUUCAAUUUAUAGAUAAUGGAGAAAUAAAAUUAAGAACGUUAUGCAUGAAAGAGAUUAAAGAAAGACAUACAUCAGAAUAUCUAAAAAAAAUUAUUCUAGAUGUUCUAAACGAACAUGAAAUAAGAAUUGAUCAAAUUUAUACGAUAACCACAGACAAUGCAGCUAACAUGAUUAAAUUAAUUAAGCUGUUAAUACAUCAUGAUGAAGAAGAUGAUGAAGAUGAUAUCCUUAAUGAUAAUUUAGAUAAUGAUAAUUUAAAUAACAAUGAUGAUAUAAUUGUUAAUGAAAAUGAAGAACCUUUUUUUAAUAUUGAAAAUAUUAAUCUUGUACCUCAUACGAGAUCCAUGUUAAUGGGCAUUAGAUGUGCCUCCCACACAUUUCAAUUAGCAAUGAAUGAUUGCAUAAAAAAUUCAAAUGAAAUUGUUAUUAUUAAUAAAGCAAGAAACAUUUGCAAAAAAAUAAGAAAUCAGACUACAAUGUCUAUUUUGUCCAAAUUAAAUUUAAAAAAGCCACUAAUAGAUUGUUGCACAAGAUGGAAUUCAAUCUAUUUAAUGUUGGAAAGAUUAUUAGAGUUAAAAAACUUUUGCCAAGAAAUAUCGGCCCAAAGUAAUGAUCGUGAAAAAUGUUUGUCAGAGAAUGAAUGGAAAAUAAUUAGUGAUAUAUUAAAAGCUUUAUAUCCAUCUUAUAUUUUGACAAAAUAUAUACAAAGUGAACAAAUGACCAUGGGCGAUUUUUAUGCAGCAUGGAUCAAAUGUAUCAUGCAAACUAGCAAAAUAGACACUUCAUUUGCCAAACUUUUAGUUUGUACAAUCAAAGCACGAGAGAUUAAUUUGAAAAAUGAAGUUUUUUGCUCAGCUAUAUAUCUCGACCCAAGAUAUAAUGUAUUUUUAUCAUUUGAAGAAAAAGAUAUCGCCAAAAAACAUCUUUAUAAAACUUGGAACUUAAUCCAAAAUUUAAAUAAUCAGAAUAUUGAAAAUCUAGAUACUAUUCCUACGUGUUCACAUUCGAAAGAUAACUUAGAUGAUGAUUUUGAAGAUUUAUUAAUGUCUCAUGAAAGCCUUAAUAAGAAUAGUUCUCAAGGCAUAGAAAAUUAUAAUAAAUGUGUAGAAAUAGAGUAUAUAAUUCGGUCAUUUGAUAAUAUAGAGAGAUUAGAAAAAGAUGCAAAUCUUUUGAAUUAUUGGGGAAAUGUAAAGAAUAGUAUGCCAGAACUUUAUAAGUUAGCUAUGGUUGUGCUAGCAGUUCCAGCUACGCAGGUAUCCGUAGAAAGAGCAUUUUUUAGCCUUAAGUUCAUACUCUCUGCGCAAAGAACUAAAUUAAAUCCUGAAAUAUUAGAAAAUAUUUUAGUUAUCCGUUCCAAUUCUCUUUUUAAAAAUAAAUAA